UUCUUUUAGAAUCCGACAUUCAAACUGCCAUAGUUCUGGCUGUAUACAAGGAAAUGGACUGCCCUGCAAUGAAUACAGAAACGAACUUCAGUACAGUUACAGAAGCUUCGUGAAACAGCGACAAGUGGAUUUGCAGCCUUGAAAGAGCCUUUGGAUGGGAUUCUUAUUAUGCUAGAAAACUGUGGUGAUCUGAGAAAGGGCAAAGGGCAUUCCCUAGGCCACUAUAUUGUCACCGAGUUCCAGGACUGGAUACGAACAAAUCCUGUAGCCUCUCAGACUGGCAUGGCACUAAAGCAGCAGCAGUGUCGGGCUUUCACUAUUGUAAUUGAGAGCCAGGCAAACUUGCUAGAGCCACUAAUCAGUGUGUACCAGCUGGAUCAGGCAGACAGAGCCUACCUGCUUGAGCAAGUCAGCUACCUCUCUGAAAGAGGCAGAUACAAGGAGGCAGCACUUUUGGCCAUCAAACUGAAUUUGCAGAAGGACCUAAAUAUGGAAGAGAUAUGCACGCCGCUAAUUCUUCAGGAUAAAGCAAAUAUAGCUGAAGCAUUUGUUGCUAAUGAGCCAGAUUUACAGCGCCGACUUGUUCAAAUGCUGGACAGUUGGUGUGAUUCAUCAUUCAAUACGAAAAAUUUUAUUAGGAAAUAUCAAGGCACGUCUCCUCUGAAAACUGAAAAGAUGAAUCACAAGGUGCUGGGCAAAUUGGUUUUUCGGCUUCUAGAACUCUAUGAUAUUGACCCAGCUUUGUGCCCCAAUGUAGUAAAGCAGCGACAUUUUGGUACUCUUAAGUUUCUACUUUACCGGAGAUUUGUAGAGAAAGACAUGACUGAAGAGAACUGGGCAGAUCACAUUGAGCACACAGUUGGUCAGAACCGCUGGCUACAGGACCAACUGGUAAAUCAGCUGGUGAGGUAUGACCUUAGAACCGCUGCCCGAUGGGCUUACCACUACAAACUCCCACUGGACACUUUACCCUAUGAAGUAGCUGUCAAGAUUCAAGAAAUGCAGCUGAAUGAUUGUGGUGGAAUACUUUCCAGAGAUGAGCAUCAGCAAGAAGGUUUGGAAGAUAUUGAAAAUGAUUAUUACUAUCAACUUCCUCUCCCAUUAGACAGAGUCUGUUUUGUAGGAACACUGGAGGAGUUGCAGCAGUGCAAAUCAGUGGUUUUGCAGCCUGGGCAGGUGGUUGGAAUUGACAUGGAAUGGAGGCCUUCUUUUGGUGUCUUGGGAAAGUCGCGUGUAGCACUGAUGCAGCUGGCUGUGAGAGAUCAGGUGUUCCUCCUGGAUUUGCCAGAACUUUUGAAAAAAGUGGAGACGGCAAAUCAACAAGAAGAAUUUUCAAGCUUUAUUCAGACGCUUUUCACUGAUUCUUCCAUUACUAAAUUAGGUUACGGAAUGUCUGGAGAUUUACGCAGUUUGGCUACCACCUAUCCUGUUUUUGCAAGUGUAAUGCAACACAUGCAGGGGCUUGUCGAGCUCCUUUCUGUUCAUCAGCAGCUGCAAAAAAGGCACAGUAACAAUAGCGUGACUGGUUCCAGAGUGGUUGAUGUUUUGUCUGCUACUGCAAGCUGUCAAGGCAGAGUGGUAAGACAACCAGAGAAAGGUCUCAGCUUACUUGUUCAACAUGUGAUGGGCAAGCCACUGAACAAAACAGAGCAGCUGUCCAACUGGGAAAAGCGACCACUUCGGAAAGCACAGAUAGUAUAUGCUGCUAUUGAUGCCUACUGUUUACUGGAUGUUUAUAAUACUUUGCUUCAAAAUCCUGAUCGUUUUGGUGUUGAUCUCCAGGCGGUGUUGCUUGGGAAGCAGGGGAAGACUUCCAAAGAGGAAAAGGCAAAGAGCAAACAGAAGACACAUCCUACUCCAGCUAAAGAGAAAUGUGAAUCUUCUGAAAGUGAGCUGGUGACAUCAAGUUCUCAGUCACCAAUCGCCCCAAAAGAGUUCCAUGUGAUCUGUGACAACAUGCUCCAGGGCCUUGGAAGAUAUCUGCGCUGUCUUGGGGUGGACGUCAAAAUGUUGGAGAAUGAUGAUGACCACAGGAAGGCAGCUGAGAUUGCUAGAACUGAAGGAAGGGUUAUUCUGACCUGUGGAUUGCCUUAUCAGACACUUCGGUCUCAAGUUGGUGAGGGGCGAUGUUUUUCUGUUCCAUGUUCAGAAAAAGCAAAGGAUCAAGCAGUCCGUGUGCUGAAGCAUUUCAACGUCUUGGUGACCCCUGCUGAUAUUUUCAGUCGCUGCCAGAAUGGUGAUAUUGCAGGAUCUCUUAAGUUUCUUCUUUGCUGGCAAACAGGCAGUGAACUUACUAGCCAGUAA